AUGGACAUGGAUCCUUCCGUGGUGGCAGCUGUAGCAGCAGUAAUCCUCGUUUCCGUCUUGCUGGUGUUGUCGCGCCUGAGAAAGCAGAGCUCACCUCCAGACGGUCCACGGCGGAAACAGAAGCUGCCUUCCGGUCCCUUUGGUCUGCCCGUCCUGGGCCAGACUCUCGGACUGCUGGGCGCCCUCCGUGCCAACACCGCCGAGGCAUGGCUCCGGCGGCAGGUCUCCAAGUACGGCCCCGUCUCCAGGCUUUCCCUCUUCGGCUGCCCGACGGUCUUCGUCGUCGGCCCCUCUGCCAACAAGUUCCUCUUCUCCAGCAACGCGCUCACCGCCAUGAGCAACAGCUCCUUCAACAGCAUGGUCGGCUGGCGCAACAUCCGGGAGCUGGCCGGCGCGGACCACCGCCGCGUCAGGGCCAUGAUGGUUCAGUUCCUCAAGCUCGAAGUCGUCAGGGGUUACGUCGCCAGCAUGGACGACGAGGUCCAGCACCACCUCCGCACGCACUGGAGCGGCCGCGCCACCGUCUCCGUGAUGCCGUCGAUGAAGUCGCUCACCUUCGACAUCAUGUGCACCGUCAUCUUCGGUCUCGGGAGGGAGGACCACGCCGCCGUGAGGGGGGAGCUCUUAGCGGGUUUCGAGCCGCUGGUGAGGGGCAUCUGGUCGAUCCCGGUUAACCUGCCCUUCACCACCUUCGGCAAGUGCCUCGCCGCGAGCCAGCGCGGGCGGCGUGCCGUCGCGGGGGUCCUCAAGGAGAAGCGCACCAAGCUGGAGCGCGGGGAUAGCUCGCCGUCCGACGACCUCAUGACCCGCAUGCUCUCCGAGGGCACGUCCGAGGGGGAGAUCAUCGACAACGUCAUGUUCGUGAUGGUGGCGGCGCACGACACCACGGCCACCCUACUCACCUUCCUCAUGAAGCACCUCGACGCCAACAGGGACGCCUACGCCAGGGUCGUCGCAGAGCAGGAAGAGGUGGCGAGGAGCAAGGCUCCGGGCGACGCUCUGUCGUGGGAGGACCUCGGAAGGAUGAAAUACACAUGGUCGGCGGCGAUGGAGACGCUGCGGCUGGUCCCGCCCGUGUUUGCCAACUUCAAGAGGGCGGUAGACGACGUGGAGUUCGACGGCCACCUGAUACCCAAGGGGUGGCAGGUGCUGUCCGCGUCGAACAUGACGCAGUGGGACGAUGCCAUCUUCCCGGAGCCCGGCAGGUUCGAUCCGGCGAGGUUCGACAACCCGAUACUGCCGUACAGUUUCGUGGCUUUCGGUGGGGGUGCGCGCGUGUGCCCCGGGAACGAGUUCGCGAGGGUGGAGACGCUGGUGGCCAUGCACUACAUCGUCACCGGGUUCAGGUGGAAGCUCGCCGCCGGCUGCGACGGCAGCUUCUCCAGGCACCCGCUGCCGUUCCCUGCUCAUGGGCUCCUCGUCAACAUCGAGCCAAUAGAGGCAAAGACCACCACCACAAGCUAG